AUGAAUAAUUUUUCUCAUGUUCCCCCGGGUUUUCGGUUCCACCCCACUGAUGAAGAACUUGUUGACUACUACCUGAGGAAGAAAGUUACCUCAAGAAGGAUUGACCUAGAUGUCAUAAAAGAUGUUGACCUCUAUAAAAUUGAGCCAUGGGACCUUCAAGAGCUUUGCAGAAUAGGAACAGAAGAGCAAAAUGAAUGGUACUUCUUUAGCCAUAAAGAUAAGAAGUAUCCAACUGGAACUCGCACAAAUAGAGCAACAGCAGCAGGGUUUUGGAAAGCAACUGGAAGAGACAAAGCAAUCUAUUCGAAGCAUGACUUGAUAGGGAUGAGGAAAACCCUAGUCUUUUACAAAGGUAGAGCCCCCAAUGGACAAAAAUCAGAUUGGAUCAUGCACGAGUAUCGACUUGAAACAGAUGAAAAUGGCACACCCCAGGAAGAAGGAUGGGUUGUGUGUAGAGUAUUCAAGAAGAGACUAACAACCAUGCGUAAACUGAGUGAGCAUGAUUCUCCCUGUUGGUAUGAUGACCAAGUCUCUUUCAUGCAAGACAUGGAUUCACCAAAGCAAAGCUCUCAACCAAAUUUGCCCUACCAGUUCCCAUUUCCAUGCAAGAAAGAGCUUGAUUUGCCAUACAAUUUGCCUCUCCACCUUCAAUUGGAGAACCAAAAACUUCUUCAAGCUGCCUCCAACUCAAUGACACCAUAUGGUGUAGAAGAAAGCCACCAUGCCAUGCAGCCAGCAUCAAUCAUGCAACAAGUUCAACACUCUGGUCCACAAAAUUUUCAGACAGUUUUUGGAAACCAUGGCAAUGAACAAGUGGCUGAUUGGAGAGCUCUUCACAAGUAUGUUGCUUCACAACUUAGUCAGGAAGAUGCUCCCAAAGAGAAUAGUUUCUCAAACUCUGGCAACAACAACAUCUUUCAUGUGAAGAACAGUAGCAAUGUUGAACAGUUGAGGGACUUGGACAAAGAGGAAAUGAUGCCUGAAAAUGCCUCAACUUCAAACUCAAGCUGUCCAAUUGACAUGUGGAAAUAG